ACAAGGAGUGUAAUGUGUCUGUCAUGGAUGAAAAUCGGCAAGAGUGGAUGAUUACAUUGUAUGAUUUGGACAACAAUGGGAAAAUAACCAGAGAGAAUAUGUUGAGCCUGAUGCAAACGAUCUGUGAGGUGGUUGAGGCAUCAGUCAAACAGCUGGUGCUUAGCAAUGCCACAACCCUGCGUGUGAAGCUGAGUGUCACUCCAUUAACUGGCAGAAAAGGCAACAGAAACGAUCGGGAUGCUGGAAUGUCUCAAAAUGAGCGGGAUCAAAUGGAGGAUGCAGUACGGUGUGCAGAGAUCCUUCAUUCUCAGAUCAGACAACUGAACUCGGAUCACUUGGGUGUUUCGGAGAGGAAGCACUACUCUGUAGAUGAAAACACAGAACCUCCAGAAACAUGUGCUGAGGAGCAGCCUCAGGACGGCUCUUCCUAUAACCAUCAUCGUCGCUCUCAACCUGAGACCUGCAGCCCUGCGGAGUCAUCUGGAAAAUCCAUUCCUUUCCUCAGGUCACUCCGCAACCGCAGCAAGUCUGUCGGUUAUAGUGGAGCCUCAACCAAACCCAGCAAGCUCCAUAGGCAUCACCCUAUGACCUGGUGCCAUCCAUCUCAACAGCAGCAGCAGCAGCAACCUCUGCUGUACAGCUCCAGCAAACGCACCCGAGCACGAGCCCGUGAGACUGCAUCACCUUCCAGAAGUAACCAUGACAGAGAAUUACAGCCUGGGCCAGCUGUUCCUCCUGGGGGUUUUAUGCCUGUUCCUCAAAGACAUGAACACCAUCAUCAUCAUGAGCACCACCAUCACCACCAUUACCACCCUACAUAAGAGUUCUGAAAACUCCUGAAUGACUGACCGAGUAGCAAACUCUCAUAAGCAGUGUUAUUUAUUUUUUUGUAAAAACAAACAUGCAGGUGGUUCAUCUGCCAAACACACAAAGCUGGAUUAUUUCAGCAAUAAAAGGGGCUGAACCACUUUUUUUCAAUGAUAUGAGACCUGCACAAAAAUAUAAUCCCGGUCAGUAGAACGAGUCUGCAUUCAUUAUGUUGGUAUGCAGCUCCUCCAUGUGGUUAUAAAUGGAAUAGUCCAAACUGGUUUCAUCCCUAGAUUAUAGUGCAUUUAAAUGGAGGAUUUUCCUUUUUGGUCUGGAAAACUUGUUAGUAUAUGGUUAAUUCUAAAAUAUAAUGAUUGUAAUAUUUGUGUGUGUGUAACACACUUUUUUCCCUCAGGAAUGUGCUUGCUAGACUAUGUAGAUAUGACCACUCCUAUUGUAUGUUAUGUUUAUCACUGUUCCCAUUAAUGUAGUUAAGUCAGCUUGCUUAUUAUAAUCAUAGGCUGCAAUCAGUGUUUUUUUUCUAAAAGGUAGUCUUUUCAAUCAUAUUGCAUGUUUAUGUUCUGAAUAGAGCUGCUAAUAUUAUAUUAGAA